UCGCCUCCCCUCGCCUCCCCGUACCUCUCCUCGACCCUCCUCACCUCGCCGCUCCGCGACUCACCUCAGUUCGGCUCACCUCACCUAGCCUCUCCUCGCUUCACCUCGCUUCACCGCACCCCGCAUUACUGCGCCGCUCUUCGCCGCCACUCGCCACCACUCGCCUCUACUCGCCUCCACUCGCCUCCACUCGCCACCACUCGCCUCCACUCGUUUCACAUCGCGGCAACGUUUCGCGCUUGUUUCGCGUUUGAAUGAUCCAGCGUCUUGGAAAAUGUCGCGUGUUCCGCGAAUCGAAUCAGUGAUUUCUCGCGAGACCGUGACUCACGGCAAGGGUCGUGUCGCGUGAUCCGGUUGGUGCUAAUUUUUCGAUCGUUCACGCGUCGGUGCAUUCCAAAGAAACAAACAACAGCGUCGCCGCGUGUAUGAGUGGUAGGAGGAAGAGGAAAAGAGCGAAGCGAUAUCUUGCCUGGUUUCGCGAUAACGAUAUUUCCGUGGAAGGCGAGGAACGACGUGGAAGCGACGAGAGAAGCGACGAGAGAAGCGACGAGAGAAGCGACGAGAGCGGCACGCUCGUGCAGAAUAAAUGGAGUAAAAUUGGAGUGGAAGAGAAAUUAUGGGUAAACGUAGCUGGAUCGGUGAUGGUGCAUCUGCUUCCGAGUCGUGUCAACGUUGUUGAUCGCGUGGCGAAAAUCGUGGUCAUCGAUGGAUUCGUAAAGGCUCGACGAAGGACAUUCGACUGGCAGUUUGGUCGCUUAAUUUCCAGCGAUGACUUAACUUGGGUGACGAGGUUGACCACGACGUCGGUUAAUCGCGAUCCGUCGAAGCGAGCAGUGUUUCGUAGGUGAAAUCGCGAAUCGCGUUUAUCGCGAUAGAUAGAGAUGCGACAAGUACGGAAAGAAAGAUAAUCGCGAAUGACCUGGAUUGGCGGAAAAGGCAGUGCGUUUGGGUAAAAUCGAAGCAUGUUUAACGUGGGACGGACGUUAGCGGUGUAGAGUGUGGGUUCGGUGAUAGACAAGGCGAAUAAAAUGCAAUUGGCAGCGACGCAGAGACCUCACCCACCACCGGUGCCACCACGGCCGAGUCGGCAGGUGGUCGCAGAGGCCCUUAAAAGAUCUCCAAGGCCACCGUGUCCGACUAGACAGGCCCCGCCGCCGCCCAACACGAAACCGUGGCGAUCCGAUCGAGAACGAUCCAACAAUCGGCAACAGGUGUGUCCGGCCGCUGGACGAACGGUCAUCUACGAGUCGAUCAAAGAGUCGCUACCGAAGGAAACCUGCAACGAGAGCAGCGAUCAUGACGAUCACCCGACUCGUCUCGUCGCCAAGAGUCGCGGCGGCGGCGGCGGCGAACCCGUUCCUCGGGCCGCGAGUGAAAGGCGCGUGGACGAGGACGACCGGCGUGGAAAUCCGCGGGAAAGACGGCACCGAACCACCGCGACCGAUCAGGAACAUCGGGGAAAUUCCAGUGAACCGAACGCCGUCAUCGGUGACGUCUCACCUUCUUCCAUAUCGCGUCAACAAGACGAUCGUUCGUCCUCCGUCAUCAACGGUCUAACCACCGGUGAGAGAUUACCGGUCACCGAGAACGCGAGAUCCGAAUCACCGAUUUCUUCCACCAGGGAGCCGUUGGAUCGCCACGGCGACGUCGACGUCGAUCACGAAGACCAAGGCACCGGCGACGACGACGACGACACCGCGAAACUUUCGACGAUCGUCGAGUCCAAGGUAUCCGUCGUGGACGACGCGCAAUGUCGCGCUAGCUCGGAAUCGGUGAUAGAAAAAUCGGGAUCGUGCUGCAACUUUACGGAGAAAAAGACUCAGUGCGCGGAGAGAACCGCGACGAAGAAGAUCGAUGCUCCGAUGCGACCGAUGCCUACUCAGAGAUCCAGUCUGUUCAAGUAUCGAGAUACGACGAAGAACAACGCGGAUAAUCGGUCGUGCAGCGAAAAUUCCUGCGGCAAGCAACCUCCGGUUUCGGACGUUGACCGUGCCACCGUAGUUGUUAUCGACGAGUCGGACCGUAAGGCUACGUCCAACGAUGAGCCGGACAAUCGCGGCGACGUCUGCGACUACCACGGCGAUCAUCGCAAGGAUAAAGGCAACGAAAAUGACAACAACGACAACGACCACGACAACAUUCAUCGGCAGGAUUGGUUGGAAGCCGGCGUGCAUUAUUCCUCCACGCAGAUCAGACUGUCCGGCGAAGAGGGCGAUGUUAUCGACGGAAAUCGAGUCAACGGACUCGAUCGUUACCCGAACGAGAAAUUCGGCGACCUUAAUGUUCCGAGGUAG